AGAAAGAAAGGUUGUAGUUCUUUCCCAGGUAAUUCUGGCAAGAGGAGCCCUCAUUAUGAACACGAUGGAUGUGAGCCUCAGCCCUCACACCUCCAAGAGGAUGAUGGAAACGUGGUGAAGAGGGAUGUCCAGGAGGACCCCGAAGUAAGACACUCUCCCUGUACCAUCCGAGGCAACGAGAGGAGAGUGAGAUGGCACAGUGAAGGCCGCAUGCAUAUGACUGUGUGGAGAAACAGAAAACCUCUGGAGAGAGAAAUGCAGGAGAACACACAAGAUGGAACCCCAGGGAGCUGGUUCAGGGUCACAAUUCCUUGUGGGAUACAGUAUGACAAGACAUGGCUAAUGAACUCAAUCCAGAGCCAUUGCGGUGUCCCCUUCACUCCAGUGGACUUCCACUUUAUGCACAAUGGGGCUCAGUUCUUUGUCCAGGAAGCAAGCACUGCGUCUGCAUUGAUGGAUGUCAGCAACAAGAUUUGUGACGAGGAGAGCCGAAAGAUACUUGUCUUUGUCAGCCCCUCCGCUGUUCCCUACUCUGUGCGGGAUAAGUUGAAGCCAGAAGAAAUGGAGCAGCUAAAGCUGACCUUGAGCAAACGAUUUGAUGUCUCCCAGCAAGCUCUUGACCUCCAGAGGCUCCGCGUUGACCCAGGCUUGUUGGGCCAUGGUAUUGACAUAAUUCUGAAUCGAAGAAACUGCGUGGCUGCCACCCUGCAGAUCAUCGAAAAGAAUUUCCCUGAACUGUUGUCCUUGAACUUGAGCAGCAACAAACUGUACCAGCUGGAUGGCCUGUCUGAUAUUUUACAGAUGGCCCCCACGGUCAAGAUCCUGAACCUCUCCAAAAAUAAGCUGAAGUCUGUGUGGGAGUUGAGCAAGAUGAAAGGGCUGAAGCUUGAAGAGCUGUGGCUGCAAGGGAACCCAUUGUGUGGCACCUUCCCAGACUGGUCCACCUAUGUAAGGGCCAUCAGAGAAUGUUUCCCGAAGUUAUUAUGCCUGUUAAGUGACUAUGAAAAUCAUUGCCUCGUACUAAUGUCGGAUGGCCAGGAGUUACCCUCACCAAUUAUCAUUGACGUUGACACUCCUUACGUAAUAAAGCCCUGCAAGGAAAGCUAUAAAGGAUCUGAGACACUGAAGAGUCUAGUCCUGCAAUUCCUGCAGCAGUAUUACUUGAUCCAUGACUGUGGAGACCGACAGCAUCUCCUUGGUGCUUAUCAUGAGGAGGCCUGCUUCUCCCUGACCAUUCCCUUCCACUCCGAGGAUGCAGCCAUAAGCAGCUUGUGCGAGUACUUCAAGGACAGCAGGAAUAUGAAGAAGCUCAAGGACCCCCACCUGCGGGUCCAGCUGCUGAAGCACACAAAACGUGACAUUGUGCACACCCUCUGUGUGUUGCCCAAGACUCAGCAUGACUUCAGCUCCUUCGUGGUGGACAUGUGGUUCCAGACGGAGAUGAUGCUCUGCUUCUCUGUCAACGGGGUGUUCAAGGAAGUGGAAGGAAGUUCUCAGGGCUGUGUGCGUGCCUUCACCCGGACCUUCAUCGCUACCCCUGCCAGCUACUCCAGUCUAUGCAUUGUGAAUGACGAACUGUUUGUGAGGGACGCCAGCCCCAGUGAGACUCAGAGUGCGUUCUCCAUCCCAAUGCCUACACCCUCCUCCCUCUCCCAGGAGCAGCAGGAAAUGGUGCAGGCUUUCUCCACCCUGUCUGGGAUGAAACUCGAGUGGUCUCAGAAGUGCCUUCAGGACAACGAAUGGAACUACACCAGAGCUGGUCAUGUCUUCAGUAUGCUCAAGACCGAGGGCAAGAUCCCAGAGGAGGCCUUCAAAGAAAUCCCCUAA